AUGGCGAAAAAUAUACGAAAUCCACCACACGAUUUGGAGCCCCGAAGCCAUCAAGACGCAUGCGAGGAGUAUCAAAUAAUCAUCCCCGAAGAAUAG